UUGAUAAAAUGAAAACGGAAUGGGACGAUGAAGAUGAAGUAUGUGUAUACCUUUAAUGCGAAUUGCUUAGAAAUUUUGAUAAAGUACUGCAAAUUGAUCCUUUCGGUUUUGCAAUGCCGAUCCUCACAAAAAUGGAUCCGAGCUACGACCCUGAUGAAAAUCCAGAAAUACAAAGUACGAAGCGAAGAGGAAAAAAGAGAGCACCUUCCAAGAAAUUUAGGCCAACUAUAACAAAGAUUUGGAGCUAUUCGAAUUGUCUUAAGCUGAUAGAAUUGGUUAAGCAGAGUCCUAGCCUUUGGAAUUCAACGGCGGAGGAAUAUGCAAACCAAUCGUUAAAGUCUGCUGACUGGCACUACAUAUAUGAACAAUUCAAAAGCAAUGGAUAUUCCAAAAACGAUUUAAUUGCCAAAUGGAAUUCUUUACGCACCUCUUAUCGUCGCCGCCAUGUGGUAUUUGCGGAAAAUAGCCAUUUACAUUCUCCUUGGAAAUUUUACAAAGAAAUGGCAUUCAUUGGCCCAAUAUUAACUUCAAGGAAAAAAGAAAUAAGCGUAAUCAAUGCAGCUACAAGCCCAUCGGGUCUAAAUCAACACCUUCCCAGCACAGCAUCCACAUCAAUGAUAAAAAAUGAGGAACAAGAUCGCAAUUCAAUAUUUACAACAUUCCUACUCAGUGAACUCCGAACGCUUCCUGAACAAGAUGCGGACUUGUUACGUUGUCGACUGCAUCGCACACUGUUGGAAUUCAACGAAGAGCUCAAUCAUAGAAAGGUUGAAGUAGAAUGCGAUGCUGACAUUAAAUUUGAGAUAGACGCUACAUAAUAUAGAUUUAUAUAUAUAUAUAUAUAUAUAUAGAAAUCAGGCUUAUUUUUAAUUUGUUCAUUAAAAUUACGUGUCCGUAGACCUAAGUUCCAGUUUAACGAUUACAAACCACUAAGUAACGAAUUUGCUGUAAUCCAAAAACUGAACAAAAACUACGAUUCUUCGUACUAGACCCUAUGCUUACUUUUUUAAAUUAUAUAUUGAUAACUAGAAAAUUAGUUUUCAUACAGAUUCACAUAAAUAUAUACUAUGAAUUCUGCUUGAGUCGUAA